UUGAUUUGUCCUCUCGUCCAAUAAGAAAGGCCAAAUUAAAUUUUAAUUGUAUUUAAUACCCACUAUUAAUUACAAAAACGUAUUUUUUAAUACUUGUAACGUUUUCGUAUCAAAAUGGAUCAUUCGGAAAGAAAUAUUUUUCAAGUAAAACAAGAACCACCGGAAAACGACGAUGCGACACCACUGCAGAACUACCAACCUACGUUUCCAGCAAAUGUCCGACUGCUGGACCAAUUCUGUCGUCUAUGCUUGCGCCAACGUCCGGACCUGCUUCCGCUGCUCUCUCGCAUCCAAGACAUCUCAGUUCCGGAAAUGUUCCGUGUGAUUACCGGUCUGGAAGUGACUCUCGAAGACACCUUUCCCCUCAAAACAUGCCGCACUUGUAUGACUAUGUUAGAUUACGCAUUCGGCAUCCGACGGAAUUUCACGGAAAGCUACCGAAUCCUGAAGACGUUUGCCUUAUCGAAAACCCGGCCCCUGAUAGAUAAUUUGAGCAAUUACCAAAAUGGAGCGCGAGCGACGAGUGAAACGCUUGCCGAGAAGAUGCUCCGGGGGUGCCGCGAUCUUGCGGAUCGAAGAAUGUCUGUAGAACCGGACAAGACCGUACCCAAGCUGUUGCCAUGCGUCAGCAUUCCUUUGCCAAAGGAGACAGCCAAGCCUCCAGUUCAGAUCAAACAAGAACCGGAGCUCAUUUUGGAACCGGAAGAACUUCCUCAUCCCGCAGUUACCGUAACAGAAGCGAUAAUGGAUAAUGUUGAAUCGCCGAUGAAGAAGUCUGUGAAGAAGCGUAAAAUUGCGGUUACAUCCAACUCCGAAAAGCGACAGAAAAAUCGCUACGACUUCAAAACCAAACGGAGCAAGCUCGAUCCGAACAAGUGCUACAUCUGUGACCAAGUUUGUGAAGACGCCAAAGACCUCCAAGUUCAUCUCCCGCUACAUGUGGAUAUGAUUCCCUACCAGUGUGGCGAAUGUACAAAGGAAAAUGGCCAGCUACUAAAAGUCACAUCGUUGAUUCUGCUGCACAAGCACUUUCGGAUGCAUGCCAGUGCCAUCAAAUGCCCCAAGUGCCCAUACCGAAUGUGCACCAUGGCGGCCCUGUACGGACACAUGCAGAUCUACCACGGACAGAAUACCCAGACGGAGUACACGUGCGAGUUAUGCGGGGUCAAGUUGGUGAACAAGACCACCUUGGACAGGCAUAUGCGCUUUCAUAAGGCCUUGGACGAAGGACGGUACACGUGUUCGUACUGUGAUAGAAAAUUCGCCACCAAACCGCACCUAACUCGUCACGAACGGUGCCAUACCAAUGAGCGGCCGUAUCAGUGCAAAUUUUGCACCAAGAGCUAUAAAACACAGAGCGUUAUGAUUCGGCACGAGCGGACCCAUACGGGCGAAAAGGGCUUCCAUUGUGACGUCUGUGAUAAGAGCUAUCGACUGCGAACUUCACUGAACAAACACUUUUCCAAAAUCCAUACAAAAUCCAAAGAAGCGGACGGUCCCGUUCUGACCUGCGACCUCGAAGGAUGCGAUUUCAGUACUACGAAGAAGGUCAAAUACUACCAGCACAAGGCGAAACACGAAUUGAAGUUUCAAUGCUCACAGUGCUCGCAGCGGUUUCCGAAUGGCCAACGGCUGAAAGUGCACCAGUACGUUCACACGGGAAUAAAGAACUUCCACUGCGAGCAGUGCGACAAAAGCUUCCGAUCCAAGCUAAGCUUGGACGAACACGUGGCAGGGCACAAUAACGAGCGGCCGUAUUCUUGCGAAACCUGUGGAAUGACCUUCGUUCGCGAGCGAACUUUAAAACAGCACCGAUUGAAACAUUCCACUCAGUUAUCUUUUGAGUGCCGACAUUGCGGCAUGAAAUUCAGAUACCGCGCCGAUCAGUCCCGGCACGAGAGGACCCAUAUGGAAGCUGCUAUGAAGCUGAUCGAUUCGAAGACAGAUAUUCGUGGAGAAGCCGUUACCGUAAAAGAGGAAACCAUUGACUGAAAAUAAGUAAAGCUCCAAUAACUUGGUAAC